UUUCGUGAUUUUUUCUCCAAACAAAGGAAAUAGCCCUCCUUCCUUCCGUUUCUAACGAUUUUCUUACAACCGCUCUGUGGUGGGUUGCUUAUCGAUUGCGCCUCCUCGCGAGUUUGUGAAUCAUCACGUAUCGGACCGGUCGCGACUGUUAGUCUGAAACCGACCGUAUUCCUCAACGCACACGCGAACCAAAAUCACACCUGUUGUUUAAGUUACCAUUAAAAAUUAAUUAAAAGUACUUAUCAGAAAAAAAUGUCGCACACCGUAACUGUAACUAGAACAACUACAACAACUACUACCUCAGCAAUAAUUAUCAACACGGGAUUUUUAAAGACUUGGCCUGGAGUGUUGAAAUUUUUUGAAUUGAUUUUAGGAGUUGUGGUUGUCGGCUUGGUAGCUUACUACAAGAACACAUAUAUUAAGACUGACGUAUACCUCUUCUUCUUGUUAAUGGCCGUAACAUUUUUGAUAGGAACGUUUUUAUUACUCCUAUCAUGUCUUGUUUCAAUAUCAACAGCCUCCAUUCUACCGAAAACCAUUUAUAUAUUCCUCUACCAUUUAUUCGCAUUUUUGUUGUAUUUGAUUGCAAGCAUCGUUUUCUUGAUCGAAGUGGAUAAAAUCAGAAAUUCUAACACGUAUGAACCAUUAUUCGCCGCUGGAAUAAUUGGGUUGAUUAUUUCAGUUUUGUACUUAGGAAAUACAAUUUUCGGGUACAGAAGUUACAAAGGGCUUUAAAAUCUCUUAUAACCAUAACAAACUCAUAAUAUAUUUACGCUAUUUAUUUACGUUAAGUAUAUAACCGUCUACUUUUAACGAUGUGCCUUUCUCAGUCAAAUAGAAUCUUAAAAAUUACAACAUAAAAUGUACAACUUAAAAUUUAACUAGGUUUAUUGGCGCUACUGUUAUUUAUUUUUAUAUCUCUCUAUUUCUAUUUAUAAGUUACAAUACAAAAUGAAAUCAAUAUACUAUACUCGAUGUUGUAUUUUGAUAUAUAUUUUGCAUUUCGAAUAAAUGUUUGUGUAUACUAAAAUUUGAUUAAACUUUUAUUAUGAGUA